AUGUCUUCUGUCAAUUCUUCAUCCGUUUCAAGAGAUCGAGUCGCCAAACAACAUGGAAUUCCCACAAGAUGCAAUUGCGGUAAGGAAGUGUCGUGUUUCACUUCAAGAACAGUUGAAAAUCCGGGAAGAUUAUUCCAUUCUUGUCCGUUGGGAUCCAAGCAGGAAAAAACCCACUUGUUCAAAUGGACUGAUAAGUCAGUUGUUGAGGAAAUUGAAUACUUCCAGGACCUCUUUGACGUGCUGCUCGUUGACAACUCCGAGUUUCAUAAAUCAAUGGGAUCUGCUGAGAGCAUGAUGAAAUGCCAUGACAGUAAAAUUGAAGAGAUGGAAGAUGCAAUUGCACGAUGUGAAGAGAAGACCACAGAAUGCAUUAGGGAAUUAAGGAUCAUAAAAGCUUUGUUCUUGUGUUGUUUGGUGGUGGUGUUCAUGUACCUUAUCUUUGCAUGA